AUGGUUGUGCCUACAUCAUCUGCUAGUGAAUCGUUAUGUUCAAAUGAUAUUCUUUCGUGGAAAUUUCCUAAAGCUCUUGGUUGUUACACAUUAAUCGGUCGUUCAAGAGCAGACGAUGCAACUAGUUUAUUCAUUCCUGAACUCGAUAUAUUAUUCGACUGCGGUUGUUUAGUUACAGCUACUCGUCCUCUUCACAUUUUUAUUACACAUACUCACUUGGAUCAUUGUCUUGAUAUUACUAGAUUAUGGAGUAAAAGUCGAAUACCGCAAGUUUAUCUUCCUAUAUCCGCAGUUCAGCCUGUGAAAGACUAUAUUCGGAAAUGUCAAGUUCUUACAAUGGUUAAAGAAAUUGAUCCAGAUCCAGCCCAAUGGGUACCUAGCCAUGAGUUGAUAGGUGUUAAACCUGACGAUUUAUUUGACUUUCGAAAAACAAUGAAAAUUCGUGUAUUUGAAAUGGAUUAUUCAGUGCCUUGUUGUGGUUAUGGAUUUUACGAACGUCGACAAAAAUUGAAAAAAGAAUACGAACAUUUAUCCAGUAAAGAUAUUGGAAAGAUGAAACAAGAAAACAAAAAUCUCGAACUUGGUGAAGAACGAAUAGUUCCAUUAUUUGUUUUUAUGGGCGAUACAACAGUAUCGAUAUUCAACAGAUACGAAAAUGAAGUUUUUCAGUUUCCAUUAAUUAUUGUCGAAUGUUCCUAUAUUGAUAGUAUACUUCAUAAAGAACCAGCUUCGGAAGGCAAACAUAUAAUUUGGAAUAGCACAGUGUGUGGACGAGAGAAAGAAACUGAUCUUCAUCCUCUAUUAUUAGCAGAUCCGAAUUCAUCUUUAAAUAAAUUGUCUCAACCACAAAUUAGCUACACUGCAAAAGAAGAAAUGAUUACAAAACUGAAAGAAUAUUAUCAUGAUAAUGAGCCAGAACUUAGACAAGUUGAGGAAUUCGAUCAGGCCUAUAGCUCUGAGGAUGUGAUUCGAUGGUACGUUCGUCCAUUUAUUUUCCGCCCGAUUACUCAAGCUUUACGUAUGCAAGACGCUGGACAGAUACACGCGUACAGAUUUCUCAUUAACGAUCUUCGCCUUAUGAUUUUACAAGAAUACGAACAAAUCAAAGACUUCGUUGAACAUCUAACCGUUUAUCGUAGUGGACAAUUCUCAAAUGAUGAAUUCGAACAGAUGAAGAACAAUAUUGGUAAUACGAUAACAAAAAAUGAAUUCUGGUCGACAACUCGUUCUAGAGAGAUCGCCCUUAUGUUUGCUAAAUCGUGCGAUCCCACAUCAGGCAGAAAAAGCGUUUUAUUUGAGAUUACGUUUGAUGCCAAAUCAUCAGCAGUUAUUGCUGACAUAUCUCGAAGGAGCGAUUACCCAGAUGAAAGCGAAAUGUUGUUCGAUUUGGGCACCACAUUUGAAAUUCAAUCCAUUCAUUUAGAAGAGGCAUCCAAUUUGUGGAUUAUUAAAUUAAAAACAAAUUAG